AUGGGACAUAAAAAGGGUGCAUAUGAUGAGGUUGCAGAUUACAUCAUGAAUAUGGUUACAAGCUUGGUGUUGAACAGAAGAUAUAAUAUUUCACAAGUGAUUUUUGAGUACAUGAAGGAAAACUGCCAAGCUGGAGCUGAUAAGUACAUCAUGUAUCCUAGAUUCAUCAUGAUGUUACUAAAUGACAAAAUCAAAGAUCUUCCAAAGGAUUGUGAGGAUGUGAUGGAGAUGAGUGUUGUAAAUAAGACAACAAUAGGAAGAGUUACAAAGGAUAAGGAUGAGAAAACUAAGGAGUUGAUUUGUAGAAUAAAAGAUAAAGCUUAUGUUGCUCCUGAGAAUGAUAGAUGGAGACAUGAAGACAGCAACUCAGAUAAUGAAGACUCAAGGAUGAAUGAGAUGGUUAAGAAAAAGACUAGGUGGUGGCAUGUUAGAGAUGGAAAAAGGAAAAGGACACCUAAGUCAUCCCCUACGGUUGUUAUUCCUAAAGAAGGAGAAAAAGGGUAUAGGUCUUUUGGAGAGCCACAAAAGAAGUUAGUGGAUGAGACAGUUCUAGAGCCAUCAGUGGUGAUUGAACAGGGUGCUGAUUUGUUAAAGCAAUCUUUGGAAAGCUAUUUGAAAAGAAACGAAGAAGUUGCAGCACAGCAAGCUCAAGAAACAAGUGUUCAUUCUGAAAAGGUUACCAAGGUUCAACCCGAUUCAGAAGCUUUAAGGAGUUCAAGUGAUGGAGAUUCUGAAGCUACUCAAUCUGAAUCUGAAUUAAUUCCUGAAACUGUUGGUAAAGGAAAAGUUCAGUUGAAGAAAAGACCGUCAAAGAAACAAAAGGGUUCAGAUGAAGAAGAUUCUCCUUACGAUCCUGAAAAAAAUGUCAGAUCAAAGAAAUCAGGAGCUGAGUUACAGAAAGAUAAGGAAGGAAAAGCAGCUAAACAUGUUCAGAAAGAAAAAUCACCAAGUAUUGAUGUUCCAAAAGAACCGGAGGUGAAAACAAAAGAAGUUCCAGUUGUGGAAACAGAAAAGAAGACAUAUGAUGAUGAUUAUGUAGAUAUCACUGGAUUCAGAGCUGCUAGUCCAAAACCUGCUCAACAAGAGAUUCCUCAGUCAUCACGACAGAAAGAAGACUUUAACUUUGAUUUUGAUAAUAUUGGGUCAGCUACUGGUAUUUUCUCUGAAGAUAUGCCUAAAGGUGAAAGUGACAUGUUUAAUGAUCAAGCGGUUAAAGAUUUAACUAAGAGAGUUAAAGAACUGGAAAAAGAGAAAGCAAUAGCUGAGUAA